AAGCAGUCCCUAGGUGAGCCCUUCUUCCUUCAGGCCCCCGGCUUGGGGUGCCCGCCUUCCCUAUGGCUGGACACCUGGCUUCAGACUUCGCCUUCUCACCUCCACCUGGUGGGGGUGAUGGGUCGGGAGGGCUGGAGCCAGGCUGGGUGGACCCUCGGACUUGGAUAAGCUUCCAAGGGCCUCCAGGUGGGCCUGGAAUCGGGCCAGGGGUUGGGCCAGGCUCAGAGAUGUUGGGGAUCUCCCCUUGUCCCCCGCCAUAUGAAUUCUGUGGAGGGAUGGCAUACUGUGGACCUCAGGUUGGACUGGGCCUAGUGCCCCAAGUUGGCCUGGAGACUUCGCAGCCUGAGGAUCAGGCAGGAGCAGGAGCGGAGAGCAACUCGGAGGGGGCCUCCCCUGAGCCCGGCACUGUCCGCCCCGGUGCCGUGAAGUUGGAGAAGGUGGAACCAAGUCCCGAGGAGUCCCAGGAAAUGAAAGAUCUGCAGAAGGAGCUAGAGCAGUUUGCCAAGGUGCUGAAGCAGAAGAGGAUCACCUUGGGGUACACCCAGGCCGACGUGGGGCUCACCCUGGGUGUUCUCUUUGGAAAGGUGUUCAGCCAGACCACCAUCUGCCGCUUUGAAGCACUGCAACUCAGCUUCAAGAACAUGUGUAAGCUGCGCCCCCUGCUGGAGAAGUGGGUAGAGGAAGCCGACAACAACGAGAACCUUCAGGAGAUAUGCAAAGCUGAGACCCUGGUGCAGGCUCGAAAGAGAAAGCGGACGAGCAUUGAGAACCGCGUGAGGGGGAACCUAGAGAGCAUGUUUCUGCAGUGCCCGAAGCCCACCCUUCAGCAGAUAAGCAUUAUCGCCAAGCAGCUCGGCCUGGAGAAGGAUGUGGUCCGAGUGUGGUUCUGUAACCGUCGCCAGAAGGGCAAACGAUCAAGCGCUGAUUAUUCCCAACGAGAAGAGUAUGAGGCUGCCGGGUCCCCUUUCCCAGGGGGGCCUGUAUCUUUUCCUCUACCCCCAGGGCCCCAUUUUGGUGCCCCAAGCUAUGGGAGCCCCCACUUUACCACACUCUACUCUCCAGUCCCGUUUCCUGAGGGCGAGGCCUUUCCUACUGUUCCCGUCGCUGCUCUGGGCUCUCCCAUGCAUUCAAACUGAGGCGCCAGCCCUGCCUGGGGAUGAGGUGAGCUGAGGCCAGGGGGAGAGAGGUAGAUAGGACCUGUAGCCGCCACAGCUUUGGGGUGAAGCUCCUUUGCUGAGGAGGGAUCGCAGGCACAAAAAGGGUGGGGAAGAUGAA